CGCCGUCGGUGACAGAUGGCGCAGUGUCCGUAAGGAGGCGAUUCUCCGGUUGACCCUUCCGCCGUCUCCCUCCCCAUCACUCAGACCCCGAUUGCGCUGGUCACCCACUGCUUCCCACCCACACUGGGAUCUCUGGAAAACUGAGAGCCAGCAGCCGGUGCUUACAUAACUUGACCUUUCACCUUUUCACACUGCCCUCUAUUGCGCCGCAGCCCAACUACCCGGCUGGAGCCGGAGGGGCGGCGACGUCAGGGGCUGAGCGACGGCUGGCGCGAGCCAAUCAGCCGCGAGUGCCGGCUGGCUCUCCGCCUAUUGCGGCCGCCGCGAGAGGCGCCACGGGGGAGCAAGUUAGUGUGAGCGCCGAACGGGCGGGGGGGAGAAGGGCAAUCUCCCGCCAUUUUUCAAUAAUUUCCUCCGGGGCUGCCGAGGAGCCGCUACGAACACUGGAUUCCGGGGCUUCGGGCCGUGCUCGGCGGGAGGCCGGCGGACGCAAGGAAAGCGCGGCGACGGUGGUGGAGUCGUGGGGGAGGGCUCCUCGACCUCCGCGCGAGGGUCCUUCCCGUCACGGCCCCCGCGCCGGUGGUGCUCGAGCGCCGGGGCUCGCGCCUCCCCCCGCCCCGGAGGGGGGGAGCGAGGGAGAACGAGCGCGCGCAGGAGAGCGCGCGAGAGCCGCGAGCGCCGGGCCCAGAGCGAGGCCUAGCGUGGCGCGCCGGGGCCGGGGCCCGCGGAGCAGCCGCCUCCUCCCGCGUGCGCCGGCUCCCACUCCGGUUCCCGCUCCGCCCCGGGUCCCGCUCUCGCUCACUCUGCCACCGCCGUCGUGAUGGCGCCGCUGCUGGGCCGCAAGCCGUUCCCGCUGGUGAAGCCGCUGCCCGGAGAGGAGCCUCUCUUCGUCAUCCCGCACACACAGGAGGCCUUCCGGACUCGGGAAGAGUAUGAAGCCCGCCUGGAAAGAUACAGUGAACGGAUUUGGACGUGUAAGAGCACUGGCAGCAGCCAGCUGACGCACAAGGAGGCCUGGGAGGAAGAGCAGGAAGUUGCUGAGCUCUUGAAGGAGGAGUUCCCUGUCUGGUAUGAGAAGCUUGUGCUGGAGAUGGUCCACCACAACACGAUCUCCUUAGAGAAGUUAGUUGAUACUGCCUGGCUGGAGAUCAUGACCAAGUAUGCUGUGGGAGAGGAGUGUGACUUUGAGGUUGGGAAGGAAAAAAUGCUGAAGGUAAAGAUUGUGAAAAUUCAUCCUUUGGAGAAGGUAGAUGAGGAAACCUCUGAGAAGAAAUCUGAUGGUGCCUGUGAUUCCCCAUCAAGUGAUAAAGAGAACUCUGGUCAGGUGGCCCAGGAUCUUCCAAAGAAGGAUCCAGUCCUAAAAGAGGAUGAAGGCAGGAGAGAUAGUAUUAGUGACAGGGCACGCAGGUCUCCUAGAAAACUCCCUACUUCCCUAAAGAAAGGGGAGAAGAGAUGGGCUCCUCCAAAAUUUCUGCCUCACAAAUAUGAUGUCAAACUGCAGAAUGAAGAGAAGAUCAUCAGCAAUGUCCCUGCUGACAGCUUGAUUCGCACAGAGCGGCCACCCAACAAAGAGAUUCUGCGCUACUUUAUCCGCCAUAAUGCUCUUCGUGCUGGCACGGGUGAAAAUGCUCCUUGGGUAGUAGAGGAUGAACUGGUGAGGAAGCAUGCCCUGCCGAGCAAGUUCAAUGACUUUUUACUUGAUCCAUACAAGUACAUGACUCUCAAUCCUUCUACAAAGAGGAAAAAUAUUGGAUCUCCUGAUAGAAAACCAUCCUCUAAGAAACUGAAGACUGAAAGCUCCUCAGUGAACCAGGUGCUGAAUCCCACAUUAUGGUGCCAUGUGCAUCUAAAGAAAUCCUUGAAUGGCUCCCCCCUCAAAGUAAAGAACUCAAAGAAUUCCAAGUCCCCUGAAGAACAACUGGAGGAGAUGAUGAAGAUGAUGUCUCCUGGCAAAUUAAAUACCACAUUUCACAUUCCCAAAAAAGGCCCCAUCUCCAAAAAGUUAGGGAAGAAUGGGGACAAACCUUUGAAAACAAAGGGCAGGAGCAAAGGCAUUUUAAAUGGACAGAAAUCUCCAGGAAAAUCCAAAUCCCCCAAAAAGGGCUUGAAGACACCCAAAACCAAAAUGAAACAGAUGACCCUGCUGGACAUGGCCAAGGGUACCCAGAAAAUGACUCGCACUCCUCGGAGUUCUGGGGGGACACCCAGGUCUUCCAGCAAGCCCCACAAACACCUCCCACCUGCUGCCCUCCACCUCAUUGCCUACUAUAAAGAGAACAAAGACCGAGAAGACAAGAAGAGUGCCCUGUCCUGUGUUAUCUCCAAAACAGCCCGGUUGCUUUCCAACGAGGACCGAGCCCGCCUUCCUGAAGAGCUCCGUGUCCUGGUUCAGAAGCGCUACGAGCUUUUGGAGCACAAGAAGAAAUGGGCCUCUAUGUCUGAAGAACAGCGCAAAGAGUAUUUGAAGAAGAAACGGGAGGAGUUGAAGGAAAGGCUGAAAGAGAAAGCGAAGGAGCGGAAAGAGAAAGAGAUGCUGGAGAGGCUGGAGAAGCAGAGGCGCUAUGAGGACCAAGAGCUGACUGGCAAGAGUUUGCCCUCUUUUCGACUAGUGGACACCCCUGAGGGGCUACCCAACACCCUCUUUGGGGAUGUGGCUAUGGUGGUUGAAUUCUUGAGCUGUUAUUCUGGGCUGCUUCUUCCCGAUGCCCAGUACCCCAUCACUGCUGUGUCCCUCAUGGAGGCUUUGAGUGCCGACAAGGGAGGUUUCUUGUACCUGAACAGAGUACUGGUGAUCCUCCUACAAACCCUGCUGCAGGAUGAAAUUGCUGAGGACUAUGGUGAGCUGGGGAUGAAGCUCUCCGAGAUCCCCCUAACACUGCACUCUGUCUCCGAGCUCGUUCGUCUCUGUUUGCGCAAAACUGACGUACCUGAGGAGAGUGAGGGUUCGGACACAGUUGAUGAAAACAAAGAGAGCGCCCCCUUUGAAGACAAUGAGGUCCAGGACGAAUUUCUAGAGAAGCUUGAGACCUCAGAGUUCUUUGAGCUGACGUCAGAAGAAAAGCUGCAGAUCUUAGCUGCCCUCUGUCACCGGAUCCUCAUGACCUACUCUGUGCAGGACCACAUGGAGGCCAAACAGCAGAUGUCAGCCGAGCUGUGGAAAGAGCGCUUGGCUGUCUUGAAGGAGGAGAAUGAUAAGAGACGUGCUGAGAAGCAGAAACGGAAAGAGAUGGAAGCCAAAAAUAAAGAGAAUGGGAAGGAAGAGAAUGGGCUGGCCAAACCUGACCGGAAAAAAGAAGUGCCCAAGGUAGAGCCCCCGGGGGAUGUGGAAGCAGAAGACAUGAUCAGUGCCGUGAAGAGCCGGCGCCUGCUGGCCAUCCAGGCCAAGAAGGAGCGAGAGAUCCAGGAGCGCCAGCUGAGAGUAAAAUUAGAGCGAGAAGCUGAAGAGGAGAGAAUCCGGAAGCAUAAGGCAGCUGCUGAGAAGACUUUCCAGGAGGGAAUUGCCAAGGCCAAGCUGGUUAUGCGUAGGACACCUAUUGGCACAGACCGGAACCACAACAGGUACUGGCUCUUUUCAGAUGAAGUUCCUGGAUUGUUCAUUGAGAAGGGCUGGGUACAUGAUAGCAUAGACUAUCGCUUCACCCCACCUCGAAAAGAACGAACAGACUGUCCUGAUGAGGAUUGUACCCCCCGAAGUAAAAAAACAAGCCUUGGAAAAAAUGCAGGCGUGACCCCCCACCCCAGCUGUAUGGCAGAAGGCUCUGUGGAAAGCACUGUGCCCAAACAAGGACAGAACUUGUGGUUUUUAUGUGACAGCCAAAAAGAACUGGAUGAACUGCUGAACUGCCUUCAUCCUCAGGGAAUAAGGGAAAGCCAACUGAAGGAGAGACUGCAGAAGAGAUAUCAGGACAUCACCCAUUCUAUUCAUCUGGCACGGAAACAGAACCUGGGCCUGAAAUCCUGUGAUGGAAAUCAAGAGCUCCUCAACUUCCUGCGCAGUGACCUCAUUGAAGUGGCUACUCGAUUACAAAAGGGGGGCCUUGGCUAUGUCGAGGAGACAUCUGAGUUUGAAGCCAGGGUUUUCUCUCUGGAGAAUCUAAAGGAUUUUGGAGAGUGUGUGAUUUCCCUCCAGGCCAGUGUCAUCAAGAAAUUUCUUCAAGGUUUCAUGGCUCCAAAACAAAAGAGAAGGAAACACCAGGAAGAUGCAAUAGCAAAGAUGGAGGAAAUAGAUGAAGAAAAGAAAAUGGCAGAAGAAGCAAAGGUUGCUUCAGCCUUGGAGAAAUGGAAGAUAGCUAUCCGGGAGGCCCAGACCUUCUCUCGUAUGCAUGUGCUGCUUGGGAUGCUCGACGCCUGCAUCAAAUGGGACAUGUCUGCAGAGAAUGCCAGAUGCAAAGUUUGUCGGAAGAAAGGUGAAGAUGACAAACUGAUCCUGUGUGAUGAGUGCAAUAAAGCCUUUCACCUGUUUUGUCUGAGGCCGGCACUGUAUGAGAUUCCAGAUGGGGAGUGGCAGUGCCCAGCCUGCCAGCCCGCUACUUCCAGACGAAGCUGUCGGGGCAGGAAUUACACCGAAGAUUCGGAUGAUGAGGACAAUGGAGAAGAGGAAGAUUCAGAGGAGGAGGAGGAGGAGGAAGAGGAAGAAGAGGAAGAAGACUAUGAAGUGGCUGGAGUUAGAUUACGGCCCCGAAAGGCCCUCCGGGGCAAGCAUGGUGGUAUCUCCACUACGAGGCCAGGCCGUCGUCCAGGCAAGAAGCUACAUCCUUCCAGAAGACCUCGGCAGAGGACCCUGCCUGUAGAUGAGGCAGAAGUGGAUGAGCUGGUGCUUCAGACCAAGAGGGGCUCUCGAAGGCAGAACUUGGAGCUGCAGAAGUGUGAAGAGAUCCUCACCAAGCUCAUCAAAUUCCGCUUCAGCUGGCCUUUCAGGGAGCCUGUGACUACAGAGGAGGCCGAAGACUACUUUGAGGUCAUCAGCCACCCCAUGGACUUCCAGACAAUGAAGAAUAAAUGCUCGUGCGGCACUUACCGCUCUGUGCAGGAGUUCCUGUCCGACAUGAAGCAGGUGUUUGCCAACGCGGAGCAUUACAACUGCCGCGGCAGCCACGUGCUGACCUGCCUGGCGAAGACGGAACAGUGCCUCGUGGCCUUGGUGCACAAACACCUGCCCGGCCACCCGUACGUCCGCAGAAAGCGCAAGAAGCUCCCUGAGCAGCCCCUGGAAGGGGACGCGGGGGACAGUGACCCGGAGGCGCUGGCACAUUCCAGGGGUCGGAAGAGGAAGAAAUAAGAGGCCAGGGACGGUGUCCAGGGCGGCGGUGGCGGGUGCCGGUGGUGGGGGGAGGAGACGGCAGGGAAAGGAUUGAGCAGGCCUCUGGGGAAGGGUUCAGAAGCAGGGAGCGCGGCCUUCUCAGAGGCCUAAGCUUGCUUUCUGGACCUCCCUGCCACUGCCACUGCCUCCAGUAUAAUAAACGUUCUUAGGCAAUGUUGGUACUAGGUUGGCUUCUGUGCCCAGAGCAAUCUCCGAGGGAUGGAAAGGGAUCAGGGCAGCCACGUGCUGCCAUACUGAGAUUGUUAGGAAGUCAGUGAAAUGCCAAGGUCUUCCCUGGGAAUUCUGCCCUCCUUGCUGAGAACUCUCCUUUCCAGCCCCCGGGGGGCUACAAGAGAAGGGCCCCCCAAGCGCCUUCUGUGGCUGCCUGCAGUGCCGAGCCCCCACUCGCCACAGAGGAGGGGUUGCUUUGCUACACAGGACCAAGAGUAACCAGGCCAAUGGGCUGUUGAUUUUAAAAUAUAUAUAUAUAUACAUACAUAUAUAUAUUUAUAUAUGGUCUUGAUUUUUUUUGACACCCCCCUCCUCUUGUCCCCAGUAAAUGUGGGUGCAUCCCCCCAUUCAGAGGUCAGUUCAGUUUUCACCAGCAUCAUGAGACAAUUUGGCUUUGAGGUGAUCUUGGUGGACCCGAGGGGAUGUUCCCUUCCUUCCUUCCUCCCUCCCUCCCUCCCUCCCUCUUCUUCCCCCCUCCUCCAAUUGAGGCACUUCACUAUUACAAAGACUGGAGGUUCCUGCCCCCUUAGCUGGCUUUUAAUCAUGCAGCCAGCCCUUCCCUGGGCUCAGCUGGCCCGAGGAGGGACCCUGGCACCCAGCCCAUCUCUCAGCCAGACAAGGUUUGGGGAGCAGAACAAAGCGGGAAGAAUUUGAACGUGUAACUUUUUUUAAAUUGAUUUUUCUAGUUAUUAAAAGUUGCUUGUUUCAGCAGUGAUAUUGUAUAAAGGACACCUUGUAAAAUAAUUCUGUCGUCUUGCUUUGGCACAUGUACAGGACAAUUUAUAUGAAGGCUGUGUUUGCUUAAUCCUCGUCCCUCUCCCUGAAAGCCGGAAGGGUUGGGAGGGGAGGGUCUGCUCUAGGUUGGGGAGGGGGUCUUGGCUCUGGCAGCAAUGGGCCACCCCAGCUCCUGCCUCUCACCUCUCGUGGAGGCCCUAGACUCCCACCCAGAGAAUCUGCGAGGAUUCGGUGGCCCCAGACGGAGAGGCAGCACCAGAGCCCGAACCCUCUCUUCGGUGAGUCCUUAGCCCUAGUUGUAUUUAGGCAAACUUUGUAGUCCUGAUCUCCCUUUUAUGGCCAACUUUGAUAAAAAUGCAGAACAGGGUUCCCUUUUUCUAUCAAGUUUGAAUUUGGAAGAUGUGAGCCAAUGGCUCUAAUGUACCUAUUUAAAUAAACCCACAAAAGUGAUGUAACUCCUAGAAUCUGAGAAUAAAAUCUUUGCUACUAAACUGCAAGGUGUGUCCCGAUAUCUCUCUUCUCUCGGUGGCAGAGAAAAAGGAGGUUGGGGACUCGCCCCAGGUGGCUGGUGUGGAGGGCGUUCCCUGGCUCUCUUGUCCAGAGCUGGAGUUAGCCAGGAGCCCCGCAGCCCUGGCCUCCGUCCCCAGAGGGGAGGCCUGACUUCUCUUGUUAGCUGUCCAUCCUCCGAUGUUGCUUCAGUGGCGUCUGACUUGUAUGUUUCCUUUUUCGUUUCAUUGUCAUUAAGGAGGGAAAGGUCCUGCCAAAGACCAGGCUUGUAAUAAAUCGGAAUUUCAAACAAUAAACAUUAUGUACUUGUGUUUGUUUAAACCUUU